AUGGCCUACCAACCUGGUGUCAAAUCAUCCAAUGAGUCGCAAUACUUUGGGCCUACGUGCCUGUUCAAGUUCAGGGGAGGCGCUAUCACGUGCGUGCCUCGAGAAGUGAUCGACAAGUAUCCAAACUUUGCCGGCUCGGUCUACACGCAACAGCCAAUGGGUCAACCCAUCAAGUUCGACGUGACGGGAAGAGUGGGACACACGAUCGUGCACUUGCUCUUCACCGGGACCUAUCAAACUUUGCCACCCCCUGUGGAUGAGAAAGCCAAGGAGCCCAGUGGUGCAUUCAUUGAAGCUCUCGAAGUUUACCAACAAGCCGUAAUUUACGGCCUCGAAGACCUCGCUGAGCUGGCUACCGAGGAGAUUGCUCGACAAGGCGAGGGCGAAAGCUUUGCUAGCAUCGUCAAGGGGGUGUGUGGCGUGGAUGACAUGUUUGAAGGCGCCAACCAAUGGCUGGGUGGUUAUCUGGCCAGCCGUGCGACCAUGACUAACGAGAAGGUAACUGAAGAGAACAUCCAAAAGCUUGAAUUCAUUCAUGGUGUCUCCCCGCUUGUCGACAUUCUCCUUGAAGCCAACAUGAAGCUCAAGUUUCAGCUUCAGGAAGUUAAGGAAGAGCUGAGUGAGGCUUCAAGCAUGCAGUAA